CUUCCUGCGUCAAUUUCUGUUAGAUCCAAGAUGGAGUCGUGCGGAGUGAAGCUGAGUUUCUGGGAGGACGGGCCGAAGCCGGGACAGUUUUACUCUUUCCCCGGGGUCAGUGGCGGCGGGGUGGGCUCCGGAGCGGCCUGCGGACCCGUUAGACACACGCUUAAUCCCAUGGUGACCGGGACCUCAGUUCUGGGUGUGAAGUUUAAUGGUGGUGUGAUGAUCGCUGCAGACAUGUUGGGUUCAUACGGUUCUCUGGCGCGGUUCAGGAACAUUUCUCGCCUCAUGAAGGUGAACAACAACACGAUACUUGGAGCAUCUGGAGACUAUGCAGAUUAUCAGUAUCUUAAACAGGUCAUCGAGCAGAUGGUGAUCGAUGAGGAGCUCCUGGGAGACGGUCACUCUUACAGCCCCAAAGCCGUUCACUCGUGGCUCACCCGCGUCAUGUACAACCGCCGCAGCCGCAUGAAUCCACUGUGGAACACCGUGGUGCUCGGGGGCUUCUACAACGGAGAAGGGUUUCUAGGUUACGUAGACAAACUGGGCGUGGCUUAUGAGGCUCCCACUGUGGCCACAGGCUUCGGCGCUUACCUGGCGCAGCCGCUGAUGAGGGAGGUGGUGGAGAACAGGACAGACCUCUCCAAACAAGAAGCUCGAGAUCUGAUCGAACGCUGCCUCAAAGUGCUCUACUACAGAGACGCCAGAUCCUACAACAGGUAUGAGAUUGCCAUAGUGACAGCUGAAGGAGUGGAGAUAAUUGGACCUCUUUCAUCUGAGACCAACUGGGACAUUGCACACUUGGUCAGUGGAUUCGAGUGAAGCCCAGCUCUAAAUGGAGUAAAAGUGGAAGUGCUUCAAUCCCUCCCUCAUGUAGUUCUUUCUGAUGUUUAAUGUUUUUGUACAAUUGAAUAAAUGCAAAAUCCGAGAA